GCCUCGAAGGCGCAGCCACAGUCACAGUGGCAAGAUGAUGACAAUCAGCCACGAAGCAUCCAUACUCUGGACAUCAGCGAGGACGACCCACCGAAGCUGUUCGUAUUGCCCAAGGACCUAUCAACAGAUGCGCGCAUCAUCAGAUUGCCACAUCCCGUGAAUGCGAAACCCUGCCGAUACCUUGUCGAUCCCAGCCGUGGCUUCUACGAGUUCACCCGGGUUGCUGGGCCAAGUAGAGCGUGCCACAGCUGGUUACUGGCGCCUGAUUAUUCUGCGGAUGCUGCGGUUGAGAGCGAAGGCAAUGACAAGGCUGGUUAUGUGUUUCGGCAGCCUGAACUCCUUGUGGCAACCCCAAUUGACCCUCUCUUCGUCCUCCUACCAGCGUUAUGGGGAGUCGCGACUCAAGAAUGGAAGACGUUAGGAGACUGGCUGUCAGAUUACCCGGGCUAUGAAGAUCUGCUCGCUAUCCUACGAUCUGACAUGAGUGGAGCGAUCGAAAUUUUAUUGAACGACCGAAUGCGAGCCGUUUGCGAUAUCCUACAAAUGGGAUCAGGCGAGGACACCCUUUUCAAGCUGAACGUCUUGAUGCUUGCCGAUAUCGUAUGGAGCAAGGCUGCGUCAAUGGGCAAGGUAGGCUUGCCGUACAGCAUGGAGCAGCACUUUGUUCGAAAAGCUUUGGAAUUGCCGGAAGUCAGCGUGCGACGAGAAGAUAGCACAAUAAGCGCUGUACAGGAGGGGAGGAAGGCUGCCGACAGCUCUGUCAUACAGAUGACCUCCGACGCUGCAGAAGAACGCGACGUGCAAGCGCAUGGGCCCAAGUUGCAGAAAAAUGUUGAGCUAAGCGAUUUGCUCCGCUUCCGCACCGCCAUCAGAUAUCUUUGCAUGAACUACCUCCCACCGAGUCUAGAGACGCGCGUGCAGGCCAUGUACGCCGAUCGAACGUAUACACUGCAGCGGAAGACGGACUUGACCCCACUGGACGAGCAUCUGGCGCGGAUCAUGAGACUCAAGGCUGAAGCACAUGCGUUGCGCUCUAUCAGCGACAACAUUAGUCGCAAACGAGGUCUGGAUGAUGAUGAAGCGAUUGAGAAGGCUGAUGCAAGGAAGCGGAAGAAGGAAGAGGAGGAGGCAAAGAAGAAGAACGUCAGUCAGGGCGUGAAAAAGCUUAUGAAGGCUGACACGAGUGGUAUGCAGAAGAUGAGCUCGUUCUUCGUGAAGAAGGAGGUCAAG